CUAGUGCUUGUGCAAUAAUUUAACACGCGCCAUGGCGCCUGCGGGCUUUGGCGCGCGAAAGCCUCCCUUCCUCAGAGGAGCGAUUGGGAAAGGCCUGAGCCAGAGCUACAGCGUGCCGGAGCGCCUGCAGGCAGCGUCCUUGCGCUUUGGCACCACGCUCACUAUGCGGCCAGUGAGAGGCGUAGCGGUGCGCCGUGAGGCGGAGCCGCGAGAGCCGCGCCCCGCGAGUGCCGCGACGAUUUCUCCCCUACGGCCGACGUCGGCAUAUCCGAGGACUAGGCCGCAAUCAGCCGCUGCCACGAAGCUGGCGUCACAGGGCUUUGCGGCGGCCAUGGCGCAGCGCAUGGAGAUGGGCGAAGGUAAAGAAAGCCGCGCCGGGCGUUCUCCCAGCUCUUCCCACAUAGGCAACCUGGUGGGGCGCCGCCGGGUCGCACAUCUGGCAGCUGCUGCGCAAGGGCCGAAUGCGCGGCCACAACGGGCUCAGUCUGCAGGUGCUUUGGGGUGCUCUCCUCCGAGCUUGAGACAGUUCCAAGUCGAGGAGCGGCCGCGGAGCAUGUCAGGCUCCGAACAAAAGCCACGCCAAGAAGAAGGAAGCUGCAUAUUUGAGGAGAUCAUGCGAACUGAUGACUUCUUUGGGCCCAUUCUGCAAGAGAUCAAGGCCAGCUACAAGGCGGUAGACGAGCGGCCGGCCAGCCCCGCAGAGAUCGCAGUGGAUGCCAUCAGGAGGCCAUGGCUAGAUGAAGUCUCCGACAGCGGACGUGAGACUGAAAGAGCUGCCGCUAGACGAUCGCUGCAGCCCGAUCAGGUGCGUCAGCUGGAAAAAGAGAACGCGGCGCUGCGGGAGCUGCUGCGCCGCUUCCACUCGGAGCUGAAGCGCGGAAGCGCCGAGGGUCGCAAGGCCAAGGGGCAGGCGGCUGCAUCUUUAUCUGUGUGGGCUUCCCCAGAGCCGUUGGCUGCUGCCAUGCGGCGGCCGCCGCGACGUCGCCCGACUCGUGUCCCCGCGCUCAACUUGUCGCAGGUUGAUGAUUUGUCGGAUGAUUAUGAGGAGGAAGAAGAGGAGGCGUACGACAUGGAUGGGGACGACUACGAGGUGUACGUGAGUCCAGGCCCCUCUGCCUUCGGAGGUGGCUAGAGGAAGUAGGAGUGGAGUGAAACACUCUUAGGUUAAUGCAGCUGAGGCUGGUGCUUUGAAGAUGAUUCUGGAUGUUUGGUCGUUUGCGUUUGAAGUCAGC